AUCUAUAUAUAAAGUAAUUCAUAGAGUUUAAUAAAGAUAACAAAGAUAGAAAAAUAGCAAAAAUUAAAGGAUGAAGAGUGCAAAGGAGAAGGUCAGCGACAUGGCUAGCUCUGCCAAGGAGCAUGUAACCACAUACAAAGCCAAAGCCCAAGAAAAGGUAGAGAAAGCUUCAGCAAGAACAAAGGAGGAGAAGAAGAUGGCAGAGGAGCGUAGAAAAGCAAAAGAGGCUGAAGCCAAGAUGGAAUUACAUGAGGCCAAAGGGAGACAUGCAGCUGAGAAGCAGCACCACCAACACCACAUCUUACAUCAAGAUCCACCCCUUGUUGGCACCACCACCACUACCACCACUACCAAUCCCCUCCACGGCCACCAUGCCAACCCCAUCACUGGCGUUACUAACCCCACUUAUCCCACUGGAACUCACUUGCCAGGGCACAAGCAUUUGUAGAAGCUUUCAAUUCAUAAUAUAUAAAAUUAAUAUGCAAUAUCUUGUUUUUGUACUUUUGAAUUGGUUUGUCUUUAUUUUCUUCUUGUAUUAAGAUAUACCCUUUUAUUGUAUGUGAUAAGGGCAUCUAUUUUCUCUGUACUAUUUUUUUUCCUAUAUAUAGUAAGACCUAGUUUCCAUAAA